CGCUCGGCGCUGGGACAUCAGUCGUGUCCUGAUCGCCAGCGAGACAUCUGCAGGAUCAAAGGAUGGGCUAUACCGGCUAUAGGAUGUUUGCUGUUGGGCUCGUGGCGGCGUGUGCGUGUGUGCACGCCCUCCCUCCGGAUAAGCUCCCGGCAGCACACAUCAUCAGGGCGCGAAGCAUCGACCUCAAUAAUGCGCACGGUCUCACCAUGGAGACCCGGCUGGACAAGGCAGUAGUCCCGACCGCCUACAAGUUAGACCUGGAGCCAUACCUGGAAGACGGGCUGUUCAAGGGCCACGUCAGCAUCAACGUGACUUGGGAGCAGGAGGCUGACCAGAUCAACAUACACAGCGCUCAUGAACUGGAGAUUACUAAUACGGAAGUCAAAGCGCAUAUUCCAGCUAAUUCAAAACAACUUCAAAAGAUAGGAGUGAGGAAAGUGGUGACGGACCUCAAGAAGCCGCUGGUGACCAUCUACCUGGAGAAGACCGUUCCGGCGGCAACCCUGGGCGAGCUGGAUAUCAGUUUCAACGGGAAUCUGGAGACGGCCAACACCGAGGCUUUCUUCAAGACCACUUACACCGAACAGGAGGUUGAAAGGUUAGUAGCGGCGACGCAACUUCGGCCCAACAACGCUCGUCGCAUGUUCCCAUGUUUCGACGAGCCCGGAUACAAGACACCAUUCGAGCUGAGCGUAGUGCGACCCAAGAACAUGGUGGCACUGAGCAAUACACCAGUCGCUAGGACCGAGGAGAUAACUGGGGAACCCAAUGCUGUAUGGGACCACUUCGAGAGGACUCCCCCGUUGUCUACGUUCACACUGGGCCUCGUACUUGCUGACCUAAAGCAGCUCGGUGAAUCUGCCCAUUACAAGGAUGACCAUGGGAAUGAUCUCGAGCUUCGCGUUUGGGGUCGGCCAGAAUUCCUUCAGGCUCUUGAAGGAGUGAACGAGAAGAUAUACCGAGUGUUCACUGAGAUAGCGAGUCUUUGGCACAUUCCUCUACCCCUUAAGAAGCUGGAUUUCGUAGCCCUGCCGAACUAUCAAGGAGUGAAGCCUGCCGAUAAUUGGGGCCUAAUUGUGUUCAAGGAGAGUGACCUGAGCAGUAAGGGAUACCUGCAACUAGCUCAAGAGAUAUCUUACCAAUGGCUGGGUGCUCUGGCGACGCCGGCAUGGUGGUCGGACGCGCAUUUAAACAAGGCUCUGGUCGGAUAUUUGGCAGCGGAAACAGCUUUCAAGAUCAACAACGGCUCCGAGAUGGAGGGCAAGUGGCCGAUGACGGUGCUGUACUCGAUCUACUAUGAGUUCAGUAAGCGGUACCCGCACUCCCGCAUCACGGGCAUGAAGCAGGAGACGGCAUGCACCAAGAUCGAGCUGCUGUUCCGCAUGUUCAACUACACCCUCGGCGGAGAAACCUUCAAGAAAGGACUGAGGGCGUUCAUCGAAUCCAGAAAAUUCAAAACUUUCACUGGCGAUGACAUUUGGAAUGCCCUAAACACCGCCGCUAUUACUGACGGAAAGAUUCCGAAGGAUACCAACAUCAAGACGAUAGCUAACACCUGGAUCGACAAGGAUCGUCUUCCGGUCGUUAUAGCUCAGAGGAAUUAUGACAGCAAGACCGUUACAUUAACACAGAAAGUGUACCUCCGCGAGCGCCCGCACGACGUGCCGGAUGCCGCGCGCAUGUCGUGGUGGGCGCCCAUCGUGCUGGUGCGUGAGGACAAGCUGGACUUCAGCAAUGCUACUCCCGUCGUCUGGAUGCAGGAUAGAAAGGAGCUCAACCUCAAGGACAUGCCUGAUAGGGACAACUUCAUCAUCGUGAACCCCGAAGAAAUCGCACCUUUCCCCGUGAACUACGAUCACGAAAAUUGGAACCUGCUCUCUCGAUACCUUCAGAGCAAGAAUCGCCAUCUGAUCCCGGAACUGACUAGGGCCAAAAUCCUUCACGACGCAUGGAACUUGGCCUACGCCGGGGAUCUCUCCUUCGCAACCGCUUUUAACAUGACACUGUUCCUCAAGAAUGAGAGGAACCACCUCGUGUGGGACCCAGUGUUCACAAUGAUCGAUCAUCUAGGAAACCACAUCUGCGAAUGUAUACAUGGGAAAUUCCAAGCAUACGUCAGAAUGAUCCUAAGCCCGCUGUACGAGGAGAUAAAAGACGAGCACGAAGAGGAGGAGACCUGGCGCAAGAACCUUCGCACCAUGACGAAGACCUUCCUCAGUCAGGCCGGGUAUAAGCCCUGCAUACGCGAGGCGCAGGAGCAGUACAGCAAAUGGAUGCAAGCGAAGAACCCUGAUGAAGGCAACCCAAUAUCCAACCAGUACAUAUGUCCAGUAUUCAAAUGGGGCACGAGGAAGGAAUGGGAGUUUGGCCUCCAGAGGGUCAUCAAUUUCCCGCCGUCGAGGAAGCAGAGUGAACGGACAUACCUCCUGAAAACAUUGGCGGGUUGUCCCAACGAUGAGACUAAGAUUAUAAGGCUGCUGAACAUCACACUCCUCGAGGACAACGGCAACUUCACUGAGACAGACAUCUUUUUAGUAUUCAGUAUGCUGUCUGGCGGGUCGCGAGGGUACACGACCCUGUUCCAUUUCUUGAAUAACAAUUGGGACGUGCUGAAGGAGAAGUUGUCGAGUAAAACCAACCUCUGGGACAACCUUAUAACCUCUGCGACUUCCCACUUCACGACGCAAGCAGGACUGGACCUGGUCACCAAUUUGUACGUCGCCCACCAGGGAGAGUUUAGCUCAGCAGAGAGGAUCAUAGAACGAUCCAUGAAGAACAUAAGAGAGGAAGCCAAGUGGUCCGCGGAGAACGUGCCAGUCAUAGAACAAUGGUUGGACCGAUAUCUCGCCAGCUCCGAAGUGAAAGACGACCAGUUCAUAAAUUGAUAAUACCAUUAAUACUUCAUCAAUUUAGUAUAAGAACAAAAGUCUACAGAAGAAGUUAGAUGUUCAACUUUAAAGGCUAUAAUUGCUUGACUUCGACGUAAAGUAUUAGAAGGAGACUGUAUUCUACUAAAGUGGUGGAGUGUAAGCCAUUAUAGC